AUGACGAAAUCGUUUUCCUUGCAGAGUGGUAAUAAAAUGAGCUCAGUAAACAAAGAUUUGCCUACGAGGAAAUGUCAAGUGGCUGAUUUAGAAGAAGCUGUGGAAAAUAUGCGCCGUUUAACCAAGGAGAAACCUCGAAUAGGCUUUCUCGGGAAAGAAUUUCUGGUUUAUCCUGAAGUGUUCCAUCCAGAUCCUUGGCACGAGAUUAUAGCCUACGUCAACAAAGAAGUGAUUGAAGUGAUCAAAACGAAACUGUUGAUGAAAUUUGAAGACGCCCCAUUCAAUUUUCUAGAAGUAGGUUGUGGCGCAGGUUACACAGCUAUCAAUGCUGCUCUGAUUUCGCACCAGUGCAAAGUCUGGGCGACGGACAUCAACCCCACUGCUGUAAAAAACACCGUUGAAAAUGCAAAGUUGCAUGGAGUAGAUGAUCGAGUGAUAGCUGUCGCUGCUGACGUCUUUGACCACAAGGAAAUCGCUGGAAAAAAAAUUGACAUGAUCUACUGGAAUUGUCCAUGGGAUGACCAACACCCGAGUCCCGGAAACGAGGUAGAAUUGCUCAUGCGCAGUCUUACUGAUCCUGGGUACCAAGCCUUGCGCCGUUUCCUUUCACAAGCCAGGAUCUUUCUAAAGGAUUCAGGCUGUGUUUUGCUUGGAUUUUCCUUAACUUUUGGUUCUAAAGAGUUGUUUGACAAGGUAGUUGCAGAAACUGAGUGGAGGUACAAAAUAUAUUCGAGGAAAAUCUUUCCGCUUUCCCUGGGAUCAGAACAUAAAGAAGAGGUAUCUAUUUUGGAGCUUUGUGAACAAAAUGAAAAAUAA